CACAACGACCAAAUUCACUUGUAGCAAACAAUUAGACAAACAAUUGGCGCGCGCGGCACAACGUUAAAGAUAAAACCAAAAGCCAUGUAGUGUGUGUGUGUGUGUGAGGAGGUGGAUUUCAGAGUUAAUGCUUCUUUUUUUGUCUUGUCUUAUUCUAUCUGUCUUUGAAUAUGUCAAGGGAAUUUGUGGGAGGAAACAGCCUUGAUGUUCCCAGUCCAGAUAGCAAGUUGGUGAAGAAGACUCAACUGCUGGACCGUGGCCAAUGGGCGAGCAAGUUGGAGUUCCUACUGGCUGUGGCAGGAACCCUGGUGGGGCUGGGAAACCUCUGGAGGUUCCCCUAUUUGUGCUAUAAAAAUGGGGGAGGUGCAUUUCUAGUUCCAUAUGUCUUGUUUCUGCUCGCUUGUGGUAUCCCCAUGUUCCUCCUGGAGACGGCCAUGGGACAGUUUACAUCUCAGGGAUGUAUCACCUGCUGGAGGCACUUCUGCCCCCUGUUUGAAGGUAUUGGUUAUGCUACCCAGGUGGUGAUUGCCUAUGCUGCUGUGUCAUACAUCGUCAUCCAGGCAUGGGCCUUCUUCUACCUCUUCUCAUCGUUCAGCGCUGAGGUUCCGUGGGCCACCUGCAGAAACACCUGGAACACAGAGUCUUGUGUUGAAUAUGAUAAAACAAAUUUGUCCUCCAACUGGACAGAAAACGCAACAACACCUGCAACAGAAUUCUGGGAGCGACGAGUGUUGGGCAUAUCUCAAGGAAUAGAGGAAGUUGGUAGCCUCCGGUGGGAGUUGGCAUUGUGUCUCUUGCUGGCAUGGAUCAUGUGCUACUUCUGUGUUUGGAAAGGAGUGAGAUCCACCGGAAAGGUCGUGUACUUUACAGCUACUUUCCCAUAUGUGAUGUUGGUGGUUCUGUUGGUUCGUGGAGUCACUUUGCCAGGAGCAAUAAAUGGCUUAAAGUUCUACCUGUACCCCGACCCAGCCAAGCUGAUGGACCCUCAAGUUUGGAUGGAUGCUGGUUCACAAGUUCUUUUCUCUUACGGGAUUUGUCAGGGGAGUUUGACCGCUCUCGGUAGUUACAAUCAGUAUAACAACGAUUGUUACAAGGACACUUUUCUUCUUUGCUGUGUGAAUGGCAUGUCCAGUUUUGUCGCAGGGUUUGCAAUAUUUUCCGUUCUGGGCUUCAUGUCCCAUGAGCAAGGACUGCACAUAUCUGAGGUGGCUGCGACUGGACCUGGCCUGGCAUUUAUUGCCUAUCCACGUGCAGUAGCCAUGAUGCCUUUGCCUCAGUUGUGGGCUAUUUGCUUCUUCAUCAUGGUCAUCCUGUUGGGUGCAGAUACACAGUUUGUGAGUCUGGAGUGCCUGAUGACGUCCGUGACAGACAUGUUCCCAACCGUGUUCCGGAGAGCUUAUCGCCGGGAGCUGCUGCUGCUCGGUCUCUGCACUGUGUGCUUCUUCCUCGGCCUCCUUCUCGUCACAGAGGGUGGCUUGUAUUUCCUUCAGCUCUUUGACCAUUAUGUUUGUAGUGGCAACAACCUUCUCCUCCUCUCUGUGUGUCAGUCAAUUGCAAUUGGAUGGAUAUAUGGUGCAGACCGCCUCUAUGACAACAUUGAAGACAUGAUUGGCUACCGUCCAGGGCCAGUCAUCAAGUAUUGCUGGCUUUACGUCACUCCUGGUGUUUGUCUGGGCACCUUCGUCUUUUCACUGGUGAGGUAUAAGCCUCUCAAGUUUAACAAAACCUACGUGUACCCGGACUGGGCCUAUGCUCUAGGCUGGAGCCUUGGACUGCUCUGUGUUUUGUUUAUUCCGCUGUGGAUCAUCUUCAAAGUUACACAGAUGAAAGGAACACCACUGCAGAACCUCAAAGAGCUUUGCUAUCCUAAAAUCCAGAUGCAAAACAAAGCAAAGCAGCCUGAGCAGUACCCACUGAACCCAGACAGCGCUCUGAAUGUUGCUGCCAGCGAACACAAAGGAAGCUCUGAGAAUGAAAUGCAAGUGUGAUACACUGAAAAGUUUUAUGUUUAUGAAAUGUCCUAUUUUUUUGUUGUUGUUGUUGUUGUUUUGAAGUCUAGGAUUUACAAGCUAUGCAUUUAUAAGAGAUCAUGAAGAGCAAUAAACAAUGCAGAACCUCACUAUAUCAGGUCUGCCACCAGCACAAUCAGUGAAGAGUCACUAGAAUCACAAAGAGAAUAGAGAUGACAAGAUAUAAUAAGUGUUUGAAAUGUAUUUUCAGUUAAGCUUUGUAUGAUUAACUUAAAUCACUAUUUUUAUAUGACAAUAUGCCUCCUCCAUAGAGGAUUGGAAUGCUAUUUCUUAUGCCUGUCACUGUUCAUUCACUCACUCACUCAUCCACUUUCUGCCUGCUUUUGCCAGAUUGUUAACAUCCUGCUCUCCUCAUUAUUUUAGCCCCUUGAUUCUUACCCGUCCUUUCUUACUAACCUGCUCACCUGUUCUUAAUAACAAAUUAGCUCGUGGUAUUUAUUUCCACUCAUCACCUGUCGGAUUUUCUUCAGGAGUUAGCCGUAGACUGGUAUCUACGGCUAACUCCUGAAGAUGUCUAUGACCCGGAUGAAUGAGAACCUUCACAGACACCUGUCACAUUGUUUACUGUGCUUUUGCAGCAUUUCUUGCCCAUGUUUCUCGUUUUAUUUGGACCUGCCUGUGUUUGAAUUGUACUUUUUGCCUGCCCUCUUUUUGUUUUGGGGUUAACUGCCUGUCCCGUCACCAGCCUUUUCUUGUCUGAUUUCUGCCUGCCAAGCCUUAAUAAAAGAAACAAUCUUUUUGUA